CACGAUCACGUGAAAUCUGAACAUGUAGCGCGUCCGAACAGAGUCUAUUUGGCACGCAGGCCCUUCGGUUCCUCCCUGACGUCAAUCCGAAUCACUCAACUACUGAGUAACCAGGUUCUGCGAGGCUCUUGUAUUUCGCUCUCCAAUAUGCCUGCAAACAGUGCCGAUAGCACUGAUCCCUCAGCAGCUAAAACCGAUCUACAAGGAUUGAACUGGCGGAACAUCACUUUGGUCAUUUGUUUCACCCAGCCCGCGCAACACAGCGAGAAUGGACCAACUAUUUCAUCAAUCGCCUCCAAACCAAUCAAAAAUGAGUACGGGUACGGUGUCGAACCCGAUGAUGUAUGGCUUGUCAACUCCAUCAAAACUUGUAUUGCUCAGAUCGAAGAGGAGAUGGACUUGGAGGCGGAACUUGAGGAAGUGAACCCACGAUCUACUAAGAGCAAUGUCCCGAUACACUCACCUACUACGCCAAUGUACAUUGACGUACAUUUCAAAUACUACUGCCGCGCGCGUAUGUCAGAGACCGAGUGGUUCUACUCACUCGGGUACAAGAUCCAACGCCGCCCACCUGCGACAGCGGGCGAUCCAGAUGCCAUCGAUGAAGAGCUUGGCCAGGGUGGUCCCCAAGAUGUGCACGUGCACAAUGGGUGGCAGUCCAUAUGCUGGGUGGAGUUGUACAAGGAAGGAGUUAUGGACGUGUAUGAAACGUUAUUUGGAGAAUUGGAGAGACCUGCUACGACUGAUGCAGAGGCCAUGCUUGCAUACCGACGAUCGCUCGUAAAGGGCAAACGCUUGCUCCUCGCUGCUGUCGGGCUUUCAUACGAGGUCGCAUGCACUGACCAUGAAAUUGAUGUGGAACCACGUGACUUGAUGCUUGAAGGGCUGAGCGACAGACUCAGAUGGGUCGGGCGGGGGAUACGCAAUGCAUGUGGCCUCCGGCUCACCAGAGAUGCAGAAGGAUUAUGAGUCCAGCGAUCAUGGGGAAGGGAAGGAUGAGGAAAUGGAUGAUG